UUGAAUAGCUCCCAGUUAAUUGGUAUGGGGCGCACGUUUUAUUUUUGACUUUUGCAUAUUUUCCUCUUAGAUUUUAAGUUAAUUUGUUUAUGGCAUCCACAACGGUAUGAAGAGAUGGCGUAACAGCUGGAGUUCGUUGAUCACGAAUUUGCACAUUAUUUAUGACGCAGAAAAAAUAACAGUAUGUUAAAUCUGUACAUGUGUUUAGUGCUCCAAAGUUCAUUAAGGCAUUUUUCGGAUCACUAUGCCUGCAAUUAUCUAAAAGAUGUGAUCGUAGCAACCUUAAUUAGAGACCUUACGGAAUAGGGCUUGAAGACACCUUUAAAGGAAAUCCUUUACAUGUCGUUUUAUGCAUUUUCUUAACAUGAGAGCUUAGAACACGUGAUGAAUUGAGCGGAUAUAUUCAAGCUAGUAUCCCAGUAGCAGUCGAUGAAAUGCAAUACAACAUUCGUCUGCGAUUCUUGAAUACAGCAAACGAUCAUUUUCUCCCUGUUAUCCCCUAUUUGAUUCGGACGCUUAAACGAAGAACUCAUCGUGUUCUUUAUUUGCUUAAACUCCCUUACUGAAAAAAACUCUCUAAAGUUUUGUGUUAAUAAAUCUCUUUUUUUGAGCCCAAAUGAAGUUUACGCAUGAGACGUCAUAAUGGCAAGGUUAAUUCUUAUAAUUAAAUUUACGGUUUACUUUAGUUCAAAUCUGAUCCAGACAUGCAUGCUAGAUCUGCAUGAAAACGGUUCAAACGAUGUAGGAUACCUGCUGUGGCUUGAAAAUAUUUGUAUGCCUUAUACUGGGCUUCUAGUGGCGGCCUACUGCAGAUGUGAUGUGCUAAAAAAAGAUUCUUACAGUAACGAGCAUAUAAACGAAGCCGUAUUUUACCAGGCCAUGCGGUUGCCAAUCGAAUGUUCCGCUUGUACCAGUCGACAGAGCGCGCAAUGAUUAAGUUGUUUUACUAUAACAGUAUUUACCGUACUGCAUAGCAAUUUAUUGACCGUGUACUAGCAUAUUCUGGGCCAGGCGGUUGCUGUCGUUGUAUUACUACCGUGGUAGUAUUUAAUCGUAUCGUUUAGGCAGAUGUUACAAAAUAUAUGCUGCAUAAUGUAUAUAAAAACAUAAAUUUACUCUAGAUAACAGAUGUCUUCAGGAACUCGACAAAGCCGAUCCUCAGUGCCGGACACCACGCAUUCGUGGCGGGCAACUCGAACUCAGGACUUCGCAGGCCCCUAUCACUUGUCCAUAGUUGCUCAUUCUUAUCCUCUUCCCAGGCCUAGCCACAUCGGCGUCAACUCCUGAAUCAUCAGGAUCAGCAUGCAGACUCGCCUCCCUCUGUUUCCCGAUUCUGCUCCUGCUGCUUGUUGUGGUAAUGUAGUGUGUGUACACGGUAGCAGUGAGCUAUCUUAUGUUAGAUUUGAGUGUCCUGACUCCUGCUGUUUUCUGAAUUUGUGCGUAUCCUGGUGUCGGUUUAGAUCGGUCUAUGUGUAUGCUAUUCUCCUGUCUUGCGCUUCGGCAGCCAACAACAGCAGCAGCAGCAGAAGGCACGCUCGAUCGGUCAAUUAGUCACGCAGUCACCGUGCGCGCACAAUGUGUAGUUUUGUUGUGCUAUUUAAGGAAUAAAUGGUAGUCACGAUAGACUUUACCCGAACCAAUCGUCGUGACUAACAGCGAAUAAAUAAAAAAAAACUACGUAAUCUAUUGCCAGACACCGUAACGAGUCGGCGCAUUGUAGUUUAGUUUACUGAUAACCGCGUCUGCUUUUCUCCUGUUCUGUGCCUGUCGUAUGAUGCUCAGGUAUGCGAACGAAGAAGUUCUAUUAAACAACAAAGUCCAGAAGCCAUCUGAAGGCGUCUGUUUUGCAAAUUCGAGUCGAUAAAGGAGCGAACGGAAGCCAAUCAGAAUCAGUGCAAAAAUAAUCGAAUUUUAUUAUUUGUCUCAGUUGACUGCUACCGUUUGUACUGGCAAAUCGAUCCUGACGCGAUAGCCGAGUUGAAAAUAGUCAAAGCUACACAAAGAUACUUUUGCUUAUGUCGUCGAUUUGGACGUUCGCUUGUGAAACCACCCAAGAAAAUUCAGCGAAUAAUUUAAUCUGCCAUAGCUACAAACCACGACAAACACAGAGAGGAAGAAUUGUUGGAAGCCGGUUUUGCCGGUAUGCACAACGAUACGGUUCUAGUCAAGGCUAGAAAGGCACUAUUUGGUCAUAGUCACUUCUGCCACUUCUGACCUUGAAAUCGUCGGAGCUACAGUGAGGCCUGACGCUAAGGCCCCGGUAUAACCUCGUAUCCGGACCCUUUCGAAUUGACAAGUUGGCGAGCUCAUUUGGAUCAAAGAUUUGAGCCAGUGUCGUUACUAUUAUUAUUGCUAUGACAUUUUAUUUGAAGGAGAUGCUUUGAGAUGAAAAAAACCGGGUGGCGUUUGUUGUGUCAUUAUGGAGGACAAUGACCACUAAACGACCUACGGGGCUAAUGAGGGCGCAUCAACCGAUCGGCCAGCCGGUCUUUCUACGACGAGGGUAUCCUAACGCUUCGACAUGUUCAAAAUGGAGCAAAGGCUUCCUAUUGAAGCAAUAUAAUUGCUACGGUGAUAGUGUCGGUGAUAGGUGUGUUUGCAACUAGACAACAAUGACGUAAGAAAACGUGAACUUUACGGAUCUUUCUGCAGCGAGUUUCGCACAUAACUGGAUAAUGAUUCGUUGCUUUUUUGGAGACAAGGUGCUGUUGCAGGUCUACAAUUGCAGCUAAAGAUACCCCAAUAAUAAAUAGGAAACUUAUUGCUCGAUCGCCCAAAAGUGACACCCCACGCAAAUAGAAUCAGGUAGCAGAAGUAUUAAUGUAACGUCUAUAACAGCGACUAUACACGUAUGUCGAUUCGAACAUAUAUGUAUGAUCCAUAGUUUAACUGCCAUAUCAGUGUAAACAUUACAAGUUUGAUUGAGACUCUGUCGUGCUCACCGAUUCGGUUGGUGGCCAUUCUCGUGCCGAGCGGGCAGCAACGGCUACCCUGCCGUUCAGCCGCCCUUCCUUCCUGUGCUUCCGCGUGUGAUGGGUGUCACCGAAAUGGCUGACACUGAGGAACACGAGGAACGCAAGAUUGUUGCGGAGUUUGUUCAUCUCCUUGACAAAAGCAAACAGCUAUUCAACGGUUUGCGGGAUCUCCCGCAGUACGGGCACAAACAGUGGCAGGCAUACUUUGGCCGUACGUUUGACGUGUACACACGCCUAUGGAAAUUCCAACAACAGCACCGGCAGCUUCUCGAUAUAAAAUAUGGCCUAAAGCGUUGGCAGAUCGGUGAAAUCGCAUCAAAGAUUGGCCAGUUGUAUUAUCACUAUUACCUGCGUACUAGUGAUACAAACUAUUUGAGUGAGGCAUUUUCAUUCUACGCCGCUAUACGGGCCCGUGGCUACUAUUCCAAAAUGGUAAAAGAAGAUCAGGGCCUCACAUACUCACACCGGUCGGAUCUCAUGGUGAAAAAAUUGCGUUACUAUGCCCGGUUCAUCGUCGUUUGCCUCCUACUAAAGAAAAUGAAAAUUGUCAGAGAGCUCGUCCGUGAGUUGGCGUCGCUCAUCGACGAUUACACGUCCGCGUAUGAGCCCGAAGAUCAAUUGGAAUGGAGCCUUGUUCUUGGGGAAAUUCGUUCGUUUAUUGAUGCGGAUAAUCUUGUUAACAUAAUCGAUCAGGAUUCGGUUCCAGUUGUUGUGUCGCAUCGGCUUUCGCCGGCGAACGCCCCUCCGGUAGAGAAAUCUCCGUCGCUCCUUGGGCCUCUACUGUCUCUGCAAGAGGUCAUCAUAGUCGGCAGCUGUUGUGAUCAGCUCGUAGCGCCUCCACAGGUGAAGUUUUCGGAACUCACUCUCGACAUGUUCCGGAUGCUUCAGACACUCGAAAGGGAGCCAAGCAGUAUCGCUGGAGAGACGGCAGCCACAGCAAGCGGUGGGUCUACAGUGAUGACAAGUGAACUCUACGACGCAUCACCAGGCGCUCAACGGGCAGUGGCUUCUGGAGGCUUCCCUGAAAAUGAUGACCCCCGAUUUCACUCGGCUGCUGCCAGCAGCUCAAUGUCUGUGUCGUCGGCAAGUAUGCGCAGAGACAACCCGCACAAAUAUCUUCUCUAUCGACCGUCUCUUCCCCAACUGCUCGUAUUUCUUGCAUCGGGAUUUCGUGAGCUGCCGUCAAAUGGGGUCAUGUUGCUAUAUAUUUCGGCUGAUGGGUGUUUCCCACUACAACAAACUUCGAUUACGCCGAGCGCUGCUAUGGGCCCCAUGGGAGGAACUGGGACGGCCACUAUGGUUGGGACUAUGGGCGGUGUUGUUGGUGGGUUAAAACACGCUGAAGAAGAAUGUGAUGAACUCAUGCGUAACGAAAUGCGUAUUCGGGGCCGUGUACCAGACACAUUACCAAACGGUUAUGAGCACGGCGGAGCGGCAACUAACAAUAAACGCGACGCCAUCAUGGGCGAACUCUCGGCGCCUCUCGGCGCUGGCCCGCUGCCGCCCAUCGGCGGAACGAAACGAGCUGCAGGGGCAAUAGUACUUCGAGAACAGCACUGCCUCUAUCCCGGGGAUCUCUUCCCGUUCACUCGCAAGCCACUUUUCGUCGUAGUAGAUUCGGACAACUCGUACGCGUUCGAGAACAUGGCGGUGCGUCUAUUUGGCCAGCCGUUGAUUGUGCUCAUGUCUCCGGAAGAGACGCCGCCGGUUUUUCACGAUCAGCAUCACAAAGGAAGCCUGUUCACGUUGUUCCUGCACUGUCCCUUGGCGGCGUUCUGCUUUGUCUGCCAUGUUGCCGACAUCCCGCUGUCGCUAUGGGAGCGUGGGCAAGCCCACGUGAGUCGAUUCACGGCGGAGGCGUCCAGAGUGCUCAUUAGAUCAAGAUCUAUUGAUCAGGCAUAUCUCGCAUUAUACGGCGAUGAUUUUCUGCGGCUCCUAAUGUUGCGCUUCAUCUUCGCACAUGUUGUUAUCAAACUUCACCGCUUAUUCAAGAUCCCUGGAUGUAAUUACGCCCCCAGGAAUGCUUUCUGCAGGUCGUUUCCUCCAAUGCCCGAAACCGAAGUAUUAGACCAUCCAGCCCUUAAGCGUGCUGUAUAUGAAUUAGCUACUGUACUUGAGGUGCGGUCUUUAUUCACCGAGGGCGAGGAAGCCCUAGCUCAGCAAUCAGACUGACACCGGCCACUCAUGUUUGCCAUGGGCUGAGGACGCGAAGACCGCAGCGUGCCGUUUGAUCCGGACCUCCAGGCCUACCAGUACCUUUACGAUAUAGACGAUCCUUAUUGCCACGAGAAUCUAUGGGUUAGAAAGCAACAUUAUGAGCGAAAUCAACGUUUGGUGCAAAAACGACGAUAUCAUAAUCCUCAGGAGCCUUCAACAAUGCUACAAAGGCCGCUAAAAGAGGGAGACCGUUAUUCGUAUGAUAAUCAACAACAAAAGUAUGCAGGCAGUAGCAACCCUUCGACGUACUUCAGCCAGAGUGACACAAGUACGCCACCGAUAUCCUAUAGAUGCACCGCUCUUCCGGUAUCCGAUUUACGCGGAGAUGCGUCGCCGCAGCAGCAGCAGCAGCAUUCGAUUAGCUACAACAAUUCAGUAGCAGCGUACACUCGUCGAUCCGUUUCGACUUCAUGCGUCCGAAGUGGUAACGGCAACAGAGAGCGAUUGGUAUAUGUCCCUCACACUCACUCAAAGUUCUCUGCCUCGAAGACUCAUCUGAACGCAGGCUUAUCGUCAGCUUCAGCGUACCCUAAGAGCAGUGAACUGGCGUAUCCGCAGCAAGGGGAUGCUGGCGGUCCGUCUCUAUAUGGUACGCUUCAAUCUAAUCAUCGCAACAUCGGCGGGCGUCCACCGGCACAGCAACGUCUAUCCGAUUUUGACAUGCAGCCGCGGCAGCAACAAGCACGAGCGUACAACAAUACGCUGUCUCAAACAAGUCAGGUUCACUUUAGUCCAGGACACGAUCUCUACGUGUACAGUGAACAAGAACCUCCACUUGACAGACUCGAUCAGAGAGACAGAUGAUUAGAUUAUCGAGUCAACACCGAUAGGGAACCGUAUGACAUCGCACGAUGUACCCUUAAUAGGCUAGACUGUCUGCGAAAGCGCCAGCUACUACGAUGAUGGCCCACUCAUAUCGGUGAAUGCAGACGAGAGUCGAUGUUAAACACCUAAUGUAGCGUUUACUGGGAGGCAAUUAGCGUCCAGUUACCCCCAACGCAGUUACUGCAUUCCGCGAUUCCGCUAACAAGACGCUAUACUUGAAUGUUUAUCGGGAUAUCACUAAGAGGAGAUUUCAUACCCUUGCGAAAUCUCCAAUACACGGAAACCUUCGAGCGAUGCUCGUUGACGCUCUCUUUACGUAUAUAAAUACCUCAUUAAAAAACUCGUAUUGCAUAUCUGACUCUUACUUGAGGUGUUUCAGUGAAAUAGCUCAAGUAAGACUUCACUUCACUGGAAUUCCAGUUGAAGUAUGGUAGUUACAAGGACUUUUUCAUUCUUUGCAAAAUAUUUUCAGCGAUCCUUCUUGUAGAUAAGACAUUUUAAUUGCGUUUGGUCUUUUUACCUGAUAAAAAUGUCUAAUUGUUUCUUGAAGCGAUAACAAAACAGGUUUUUUGCGAGAAUUUCUCAGGGUUUUUCUAAGCAACAAAUAUGCUGCUUGCAAAUUUUUGUUGCGCAAUAUUUUCAAUUUCUCUGCCAGUGUAUUCAGUACCUAAUGGAGCGAUUCGCAGUGCAAAGCGGCACGCGACGAAUGAUCUUUAGGAAAGCAGCGCUAACUUCAGGACUUGUGUUCAUUUUUUUUGUCAAACCGCAACCAACUAGGACUGCGUUUCUGGAAAAUGCCGCCUAUACUUUUGUUUGUGCUUUUUCCUAAGUAUAACCCUACCGAACCCGCUAUUCUAAUCCUAUACAUUUGGCAUUAUAAAUUAUCGUAUUUCUUUUUUAUUGUUCCCAUUAAUUUGAAUAACUCUGCUCUGUAUUUGACGGUACGUUCUAUGCCAUACGUCUUGGGCGUUUUUUCUGCAAAAAAACACUAACUAAGGACCAUCUUUAGGUAGAGCCUGCCUUUUGAUAGUCAACAAAUAGAAUUGGCAAGAAGAAAAAAAUCAUCUACAAUUACUAGCCAGUCAGUAGACACAGAGGACGGUUCGAUUAAAAAUUGAUUACUUCUGCAAACGUAGUAGAUGCACGAGCGUUUCCUGCUGCAUAGAAGGAACGCGUUUGGCCAAUUGGCUCACGAAGUAUUGGAGUACUGGUUGGCUCUUGGGCAUCGGAAAGAGCGACGAAGAUAUAGCGUUCUCAACCGCUUUUUAAUUCUCGACGAAAAAAAGAAUGGCAAACAUGAUCAUGUACAGAUCACCGUUUUCAUUAUGACUACCAUUAUUACCACCGUCAGUCGAUUGCAGCGAUCGUCACAAGUAUCAUCACGAUCCGAUCCGACAGCACAAUUCGAUAGACCAAUAAAGGACAUCACCUAAAUGUAAAGACUAUCAAUCUAUGUAUUUGCACUAUAGCCCCACGGCAGAUUUUCAUUGUCUAUACGCACUCACUAGAUUCUAUUGCGAAGAGAGCCAUCGCAUACUCCGUAACCGAAACUUAGUAUAAAACACAGAAAUAAAUCAGCUGAAGCAUUUUUUACUAUAACGCUUCGUUGUGGUUAGUAGCUAAUUACUUGCGAAGAUCUCAUGAGACUUUGACGAGACCUGUCAUACACCGAACGUCUGCCAGGACGAGCUAAGAGACUAAUUAAAUAGCUAAAAACUCAGAACUUGGAUAUUAGCAGGCGUUUUUAGAAGUCACAAUAUUUUUGCGGGAGGAAAAGGAUAGUUUGACGAAAAACAUUACGCUAGCACAUAUCUCAAUAGUGAUUGAAUAGUGACGAAUCUAUACAUCUAAAACACAUGGCCAAACUAAAAUGAUUGCUGACUAGAAGCACGCUCAAUGACACGAAACGAUCAUAGAUAGUGAUAUUAGCUAUUUAUCGAGGCGCAUUCGAGAUCGCGGAAGCCUUCCGUUCAAAGCGUUAAUGGCGCGCGGGUUACCAAUUGCUUAAGCGACAAGCAACGAAAAUGUCGAUCGUUCGUCUUCUUGUGUCCACGGUAACCGAAAGAGCCGUAUACCAAUCACUAGGUUCCACAUUAAAUCUCUACGUAAGUCAAUUUGAGCUACAUAUGCGAUUCACCAGCAGUGUUCUACCACGUGUUCAGUUGGCGCCUAUAUUUAAACGUAACUAUUUUAUUUAGCUACAUGUGUUUGAUGAUAUGGCUAUUCGUUUGAUUACAUAUCUGGUCGAGAACGUAUUUGUUGGGGGAGCUUAGACGAAUGGCGUCUAGAAGUAUUGAGCUAGGACCACGGCCAUCUAGGCGGCGACUCCGGUUUUAUCCGGACGCCUGAUAGAGAAACUCCCAUUGAAAAUACGUUCUGGUGAGCCCGGCUUUUUGUCACUGAAAUCUUGACAGUUUGCUCCGUUUGCACGCUGAUUUUGGAGAUAGAUUUGCCAAUAUACUCGAAAGCGUUUGUUGAUUUAGAAACGUAGCCAGUCUUCCAUGGGCUUUUGACCUCUCCGUUCAAAAUGUUGUAUGUCAUCAGGAGGUACGUAUUUGUAUAAUCAACAUCGUCGAGGUACGGAACGCGCUGACAGCCGGUGAGGGGAAAAAUUGUUAUUUCUAAAUCGUACACACGAUUUUUGGCUACGGCUAACAAUACUUGAUGACAAAUUACGCUACCUUGUACAAAGGCAUGAACUUUUAUCGAUGAAUCUGAUUAGCAGUACAUGUGUUCGUUUGAGCAGAUCUCAGUCAUUUGCUGAGUCUGAAAAGCAGAAGAGAGAAGAAGCUAUUUGAUGGAUGCAUGGAUACAUUAUUAUACACCUAUGGCGACUCGGGCUGCUGCCAUUUGUAUGAGUUUUCAGCUUGUCGGUGAUAUAAAACAUAUCUCUUUGAGACAAACCCUUGCAUAUUGUAAUUAUGAAAUAUAUUUAGCAAAAAAUUGAUUGACCCGAACAAUGGUAAUACGAGAGGUAAUAAAUAAUUUGUUAAGGUCUAUGACAGUAAUACCCAGCUGUACAGGGGAGAAAUUACUGAAGAGUUCAGCUAAAAAAAUAGCGAGUUACGCCAGUCUGUGUAAAAAUUUAAACACAAUUAUCAAGUUUUUAAUCACUCGUGUUAAAUUCAAGAUUUUAUACUCGCAAGUUUUAUAUAUAUAUACGUGUGUAUUUGAUAACGAUUGCACUUACCUUUCAUGGAUCAGUAAGUUAGGCAUAGACAAUAAGAAAUAAACGGUUGAAGCUAAACAGAAGUAUCAGUCUGGUGAUAGCGGUUUCUGAAAAGCUCGCUUACAACUACGUAAUUCGCGUAGUGGCUGAAGUGAAUCAUCUUAGAUCAGUCAACUUUCAACCAGAUAAAUUGCGACAGCAUACGAUUAGUUUGGCCGUCAAACUUACCGAGACCACUUUGAAUCCGGGUUGAAAGAGGCCAGCUAGAAGCUGGAUAGUUCAAAUUUGAAGGCACAAUAGGCAAAUCGAUAAUACGAAGAUAAAGAAAAGCCGUUAUCUGAAUGAUGAAGAUCGUAUCUUACGUCUGCCAGGUUGACCGUAAAUGCUGAAGCACGAUAAUGCAGCUGACUUUUUUCAGUAGAAAAUAAAAAUCAAGACAGCGCGGACUUGCCAGGCUUUCCUCAAAGCCAUAAGACGCUUAGUUUGAACGACAGACUUUCAUUCGCUUUUUACGUGAUUGCUAUAAAACUGAGAUGCAAGUUACUUUCCACCUGGUAAUUAUAAAAACCUUUUCUCUUGACAAUUAUUCUUAUAGGAUUAUUAUUAUUAUAGGAUUAGCUACAGGAAAAGCACAGACAUCACAACGGGCUGUUAUUUAUGCCAAAUAAAGGAACAGGUCUAUAGAUGUGAUUCUCACUCGGAACUCUUCGAAAAUAUCGUGUUUCGAAUUAUCUAGUUUUUCUAUAAGGCCAACUGUGUAUUACCACAACUGAUGGAACUGCACCCAUCAAUUGUAUGCACUGACUAGCUACCUAGUAAGAAUUACGCGUGCGGAAAAUAUUAUAUAUGUUUUCUAAUUCGUUAUAAUUAGAAAACUAUAUAAAAACUAGAAAUAGAAAUUAAUGUAUAGUUAAAGUGAAAUAAACUGGAUUACGAUUUUGUCCGUCUUCGGUUUCAAGCUAUGAAAUUGAAGUAUUUCGAUAUUUGUUUGUGUGUAGUCGUUUACUAGUAUUAUGAUAAGUAAUUAUAUAGGUAGUUGGUAAUAAGAAUGUCUAAAAGUAAGUAUAAUAUACAGUGAAUGCAUCCUCACAAACUAAAACAAUUCUAACAUGGCCACCCACGUCAUGCUGAAUCAUGUCAUUUUAAGAUCUGCGUUGAAAAUUAUAAAUAAAAAUUAUCACAAAAACAGAUAUGACAAUAAGCUUUGUAUUAGAACCUAUUUUUCAUUAUUAUAGCA